AACAACUCUACCAGCGACGACAGUUUCUUUCUAUGAGGUUGACAAUCAUCUUCGUCUAAAAGUUACAUCACCAUCUUUCAAAUGGUGACCAGCCUGGUCUCCUAAUAGGCGAUAUGCCAGUGGUGCGCCGGAGGGAAAUAAAAGACCAAAAGCAGCAUGGGCGCUAAUAUGGGUAAAAACUCAGCUCUGUUGGACUCACUCCCAAACGGUCAAUCGACGUUGCACGUCGUGAUGUUGGGAUUGGAUAGUGCAGGAAAAACAACCGCUCUUUACCGGUUAAAAUUUAACCAAUAUCUAAAUACUGUGCCUACGAUAGGUUUCAAUUGCGAAAAAGUCAGAGGAACCUAUGGACGAGCUAGGGGAGCUAAUUUUCUAGUUUGGGAUGUAGGCGGUCAAGAAAAAUUAAGACCUCUGUGGAGAAGUUACACGAGGUGCACUGAUGGCAUAGUUUUUGUUCUGGAUUCUGUUGAUGGUGAGAGGAUGGAAGAAGCGAAGAUGGAACUUCUGAGGACUGUGAGGAGUCCUGAUAACGCAAAUGUACCUGUUUUAAUUUUAGCCAACAAGCAAGACUUACCCGGAGCGAAAGAACCUGCCGAAUUAGAGAAACUUUUAGGGUUAUCGGAAUUAGGGAAAGAUGGGCAAGGCCAUCCUUGGUUCGUUCAACCUGCAUGCGCAAUUACAGGCGAUGGACUGCACGAAGGCUUGGAAGCUUUAUAUGAUAUGAUCCAAAAACGAAGGAAGAUGAAUAAAGCUCAUAAAAAGCGGACGGCCAGAUAGAGAAAGGCUAAACCGGAUGAUGCAUUAGAAGGAAGUAGUCAAGGUAUUGGAACCUCAGAAGAAGAUCUUCUGUGUGUUCAUGUGAGCUAUUCUUGUGAUCUGUAAUGUAAGGAAACUAUUAUAUGGUGUGCUGGUGACUGUUAAAAAUUUUAUGAAAUUCUCUGCAGUUCUGUGAACAUUUCGAUGUGUAAUUGUGUAAUAUGUGAUAAAAAAACAAACUAAAUUUUUAUAUAAACUUGAACUACUUCUAAAAUUUUGCUCAUGAUAAAACUAAG